AUGUCACAAAAGAACAUCGUAGUCAUUGGAGCAGGAGUAGCAGGUCUCACGACCGCCUUUCUCCUAUCCAAGAACCGCAACUACCGAAUAGUUGUCGCAGCAAAGCACAUGCCCGGCGACUAUGACAUCGAAUAUGCAAGUCCGUGGGCAGGCGCGAACUACAUGCCCGUCUCCGUUCGUGGCACUGCCGCAGCAGAAUGGGACAAGAACACCUGGCCACCCUUCGAGGACCUAGCACGCAACCACCCAGAAGCAGGCGUGCAUUUCCAAGAAUGUGAGAUCUACCAGCGUGCGAAGGACAAGGGCUCUGCUACGGCGACAUGGUUCUCGGAGUUGUUGUCAACUGAGCCGUGGUUCAAGGAUGUUGUUCCGAAUUUCCGGAUAACGUCGAAAAAUGAGCUGCCUCCGGGCAUCGACUCAGCCACUGCAUUCACCUCAGUCUGCAUCAACACCGCCAUCUACCUACCCUGGCUCGUCUCACAAUGUCUGGCAAAUGGAGUCAUCUUCAAGCGAGCGAUCUUCAAGCACGUCACUCAUGCCGCAGCGCCAUCUGUCCAUCCAGCUGGCAGUGUCGAUCUCGUCGUGAAUUGCACGGGUCUCAAUGCAUCGAAACUGGGCGGCGUUGAAGACAAGACAGUGGUCCCCGCCCGAGGACAGAUAGUGGUAGUAAGAAACGACGCUGGUAAGAUGCUCGACGUCUCAGGUACAGACGACGGGGAGGAUGAGGCGUGCUACAUCAUGACGAGAGCGGCUGGUGGAGGCACAAUCCUGGGCGGUUGCUAUCAGAAGGGCAACUGGGAAUCACAAUUCGAUCCGAGUCUCGCUAUGAGGAUAAUGAAACGUGCGGUCGAGAUUCAUCCGGGCUUGACGGGAGGGAAGGGUAUUGAGCACCUCGACAUCAUUCGUCAUGGUGUCGGAUUGCGACCGGUGCGCGAAGGUGGCACGAGGAUCGAGAAGGAGCGUAUUGGCGGCACUUGGGUUGUGCAUAACUACGGCGCUGGAGGUGCAGGAUAUCAAUCCUCGUAUGGUUGUUCCCAAGCAGCCGUGAAACUUGUUGAUGAGGCUCUGUCAGCGAAAGCAAAGUUAUAG